UGUAUGUACCUAUCUAUUUCCAGUUGGCAAACCGUGUAGUGCCAUCUCUUAAUUGAAUAUUUUUAAAGGAGAAAUUAUGUAAUUUUUGUAAAAAUUCGUCGAGUACGUAAAGUAAAUGUAUUGUUUAAAGUAAUGGAAUCCGCAACACGAACGAUUAAUUUUUUCUCUCGUCUUAAUAAUAUUUCUAUUUAUGUAUUUUUAUUCAAUUGUGGGGUGUGUUUUAGUGAAAUAUGUGAUAAACUAAAUCCUGUAAACGUUGAUCUCGCUUGUUACCGUAACAAUGCUUCGAUCGAUUGUAAUGCACCUUUAAUUACCGGCGACAGAGUACGUCCUACUUGUAAGCAAUUUCAUACUUACAAACGUUUCGUUCCAAUUAAUGAAGAAUUAGUCUGCCAAGAAGAUGGAAAAUGGGAUAACAUCUUGUUUUCUUGCGUUCCAGAAUGUGGACGUACACUCACGACUUUUUCCUUAUUAUCGAAUACAACGGAAUGGCACUGGGAUUCGCCAUGGCAUGUGGCCAUUUAUGAUAUCACUAAAAACCUAUUAAUUUGCGGUGGCACCAUCAUAAAUCCUUAUUUAAUUGUAUCAGCUGCUCAUUGUUUCCACGAUAGUAUAAAUCAGAAAAAAUUGCCCGAAGAAAAUUACGAAAUUGUGGUUGGGAAAUAUACACGAAAUUACACGUUGAAAGAUCAUCCCGAUCAAAAAUCAUUCAAGAUUAAAGAAAUUCGAUUUUCCAACAAAGGUUACUUCGCAGCGCAAACCAAUUUCGAAAAUGAUAUUGCAAUAUUAAUUUUGAAUGGAAAAAUUGAAAUCAGCUGGAUAGCUUUGCCAGCCUGCAUACAUUGGAUUCAUACACAUCAUCCUCGUGAAGACACUCCAGGAAAAGCCGUCGGAUGGGGUUUUAACGAGUUUGGAAAAUUAAACGAAAAAUUACAAACGGGUAUUUUACCUUUCAUCAGCAAUAAGCGAUGUACUUCCAUCGUCCCCAAGGAUUUCAAACCGUACAUAACUUAUGAUAAAUUUUGUACCGGUUCUAAAAUAGGAGGAGAUGGACCCAGGCAGGGGGAUGAUGGAGGUGGAUUGAUAUUCAAGGAAGGAGCAUUUUACUACAUAAGAGGUAUUGUUAGCAUAAUGCAUUCAUCCACGGACAUCGCUGCUUUUACCGACUUAGCUGACCAUAUUACAUGGAUUUCAAGUGUAAGGAAUGAGGUGGAACAAGAUAUCAUUAAGAAUGAGACUACGCUGGCUUCGAAGGUUUGAAGAUGGUCUUCUCUCUGAGCUGCCAUUAAUUGAAUUCGCAUUUACGAUACUUUACCUACUUAUUUGCGAAUAGGUAGUUGUGAGGAAGAUACUUUCUACGUGUAUUUUUUAAAUUAAAUUGAGUUUUGAUAUUA